AAUUUCACGGCGCAGGCGGGGAACAAAUGAAUAAUGAUCCCUCAGGGUACGCGGACACUUGGUCAAUUUAACGUCCGCUUACUAAGGAACAACGAGAUGUAAGUUACUCAGUCAAUUAAGUAUGAAUCGAAAGUGAGACAGGUUAUUCAGUCUAAGCGGUAACUUUGUGAAAUUGAAAGAAGUGGAAAGACGUUAUGAAAAGGAUAGGUAUGUUAUGUUAAUCCAUGCUUUGUCGCUAUAACACGUAUUAAGUUCCGUGUAUUGUGACUUUUAUGUUUAGAAUAACACGAAACUAUAAUUAGGACUCAAUGAAUGUGCUUUUUAAAGCACGUUAUUUUAUAUAACUCUCAAGUUACGCCCAGAUGGUUAUUUACAACUGGUCAUUCGAAGACCUUGGUAGUGAAACUGAAUUAUAGGAGAUAAAGCCAUACAGGCAGGCGAAAACCCGUCGACCGUAGCAAUGGAAAGCUGUAAACAGACCGAUUUAUUCCGCUUUCUCAGUUUCAAGAAAACUGCUUUAUCAGAAGACCGCAGCGGGGAUUGAUGUUCUGAUUACGGUAGAUAUCACUAUCAAGUGAACAAGUCGGUCAAGAGAGUUCAAAAGUGUCAUAGCUGGUCAAAUCCUUGAAUCGGAUUAGCGGCGGGAAAAUUCAUUAUAGCCAUAUUUAACAAUAUUCAAAGCUAAUUGCAUGUUCAUUGUUCGUUUGCAUUUUUCUUAGUGGAUUCAGUAAAGUGUAAGUUCUUUUGAAAUAAAUCCCUCCGGCAGUCAGACGCCUUCCAAAUUAAACGAUUUGUUAGCUUCAGCAAGAGCAGCAUUUGCAUAGAAAAACAACAGCUAAAUUAAUAAUGAACAUGAUUAUGGAUAUUUUGAAGUGGUACUGAAUAGAUCCUUGUCGUGUCGUGACCGAGAUACGGUUUAUCGAUCUCUUUGUUGGGAGUUUGGGCAUCAAAAAAUAGCGCAAACAAAGUACAUAGACACGGUGUCGAGCCAAUUGAACGGUAACUACAAAAUACUGCUCCAUAUAUAAGUCAUUUGCUGUAAACUUGGUGGUGUCAGACGAAAAGCCGUAUUGGCCACCGACUUCUGAAGUAAAGAGACGAAACACAGCUGGCGCCCGGACCAAGCCGAACGGCAUUACUCAAGCGUAUGUACCUGUAUCAAUGUUUUCCGCGAACAAACACAAUUAGUUGCUAACUUUAGCUCAUGUAUAUGGCACAAUCUCAAAUCCAAUCACGCUUUUUUUCUCACACACUGAUGCUUUGUCGUUAUAUUUAGCGCUCAGUAUGAUUUGAUCGUGCAGGUAUUCACUUGUGAUUCACACGGGGUCGGUUAAUAACAAAGGUAUUUUACGCAUCCAUGCUGUUACUGUUUCAGAGGAGGGCUGUUAAAUCAACCUGUGCAUAGUUAGAACACUUACAAAAAAAAGGCAGACUUGCUAUUCUUAUUAUAUAGUUAAUGAACACCAAAGGACAAUGAUAUUUGUCACCUCACAUGUGUGCUAGCCGAUCAAUUUCUAUUCGUUUAGUUUCAUACUCAUAACAAUGUCUCAUUAUGUUCGCAAAAUAAAGGUAAUUGUACUUUGACAACUUGGAGCUAAGAGCAUAUAUUAUCACAUCAGAUCUUGUGAAUGGUUAUUGAAACGAAUAUCGCAAGACUGAACUAAGUCAAAUGAGAAACAAUGUGAAGUUAUUUAGAAACGUGGCCGACAUUCAUACGAGAAAAUAGGCGCGAAUAACAUAACUUACUUCGUUGUUCGUGCAUCGUUAAUGAAGUUGAAUAAACACGCUAUAAGAUGAUUUGCUAAUGAUAAAAGGAUACAAUUCGACAUUCCUAUUUACAAUUUGGCUUUGGUAUUAAUUGGUCAAGAUACUUGGAAGGUAAUAAUGAUAGGAAGUUUGAAUAGUUGCAGGUUUGGUGGUUACUCUGUUUCUACCAUUUCAUAACUUUCUCUUUAUUUCCAGUCUCCGGCAGCAAAAAGGGACCUCUGAAAAUUCCGAGGUGAUCACUAGCAAUAUAUGGUUUGGUCAGGGUAUAAUAAGUAAGUUUGGCGAAACACAUUAAAAGACGGUCUACGAAGAGAGAAAAUGCAUCUUUUUUAUUUUGCCUUGCACAAAAAGAUCCUUUUAUUCAAAAAGUAAUGUUAUGAUGUAUUCUAACUCAGCUUUCGGCGAACUGAUAACGUAUUUGUUGACGUUUGUAAGUCCCUUGUUGGAUUUACCUGCCUUGUAGAUGUCCGAAUAUUACACUGAGUGUUGAAGGGGCAAGCUCUAUCUAGCUGUCACAAGGGGAGAAAUGAUCAGUGUUUUUUUAUAAGAUAAACUUCGUUGACAAGGAUUCAUUUUGGGGAAGCAUAUGGAAAAAAUUAUUGACGUAUAGCGAUAUUUAAUGAAGAGUAUUUGUAAACACGAAUUAUUAAUCGAAAAUCUCGUUCAUUAUUGAGUGGGUGAAUAAUUGCCCCCUGAGCUCCUGAGUUCGAACUUUACUACGAUCAGUUCAUUUGAGUUAUCAGAUCAAAACUGAAAACUGCCUUCUCUAGAACUGUUACGGCCUUGAAUCACAAAGAAAAAGAUACACGAAAGCAAACACAACGCAUGCAUUUAUGACUUCGCUUGAACUAUUGUAGAUUAGCAUAUGACAUGAAUUCAACGUUUCUGACCCUGCCUACUUAGGCAAAAUUAAGAAAGGAAUCAUAUAUAUUAAGGGGGGGACUUCACUGAAAUCAUUACUUACACAUUUAUAUAAGAUUCCUGCUUACUCACUUCACGGCUUAGUACAAACGAUUAAACUUGUGCCGUGAAUAUUGAAGCAAAAUGUUUGUCCAAUCAUUAGCACAAAAAAGGAAAUUGGUAUAUUGUAAUAAAUGUCUUAAAUGCUAUUAACGUUGAUUUGUAGCAAUUAUCUGUCGUUAUUACUGGCUUAAAAAAAUCCUGCCGGCGAAUAAAUAUUGCGAUAGUUCGGAUUAAUUGCGGUAGCCUAACAAAAGAGUGUUUACCAAGGUAGGAGACCGUUCAUCGCUCUCUCUGAGACUAUACGGAACAGUUUACCUUUCACAAUGUAACGCGGGACUUUGUGUUUAUAUCCGCCUGACUUACCUCUAAUCCAGUGAGUCGGUUCAAUCAAAUGUUUGAUAUUGUCCAAGAAACUUUUUAAAAUCUAUUUAAACUUUGAUCAUUUUUAUACGUUUGGUAUUGUAGCAUGUUUCCUACGAAGGAAAUGCGUGAUUUGCGCCAUUUUAAAAUAAUAAUUCAGAGAAAACUGCCGCUGCAUUGACCUUGGACGCUUCACAGUAGUUUCAAAUCGAGGCUCUUGUUAAGAUUCAGUGAUUAGUUUGUACGCUCAACAGUGCAUUCUUUCAAGCUAGUGGAGACGACCAAACCAAAGCCCCUCCGUCCUCCCUACUUCGCUGCCCAAAGGGUCUCCUUCUCCCCUGGAAGCAAGCUGGUCUUGAUCUCAGACUGACUGUGCCUGCACUUAAGAUUUUAAAAAAAAAAUCCUUAGCGUAAAAGAUUGAAAGAAUGAAAUUGUCCACGUGCAUUUCAAGACAUGCCUGGGGCAGCAGCCCUUUCUAUUAGCAGGGGACAAUUAGCUAAAAACACUUGAACGACAGAGCGGAAAAACAACAAUAUCCUAUAUAGUCGUUUCGAAAGUUCACUUAAAGGACCGCUAGUCACCUUGUUUGUCUCUUAAAGUGUUGCUUUUUUGGGUCCAGAAACAUAUUUCUUUGGACACUGAAACUGCCUUCGACUGGACCGAGUAAGUAUUUAUAUAUUCUUUUUUUACCAAAGUAAGUUUGACUUUAAAAUGCUUUGUCAAUCUCGGUGAAUAGUUUAUUUUGCAAAAUGCGUUUGGUUAAGUGGUUUCGUGCGGGAAUUGACGUUUGAGAGGUGUACAUAACAGACAGCCGAGCCACAACUCAAGUAGAAGGUGUAUAUGAUUUGAUUUUAAUCUAUAAGGGACUCAGUUAAAGUAUCUAGGCAUAUUACAUAUAGUUUAACUCUCUACCACUCCGGCCAUUUCUAUCUCUUCGUGUAAGAAAAAUGAAGACAGAUUUGUUCUCAGCCAUAUUCUGAAACUUGCAAACUUAACUUAUGUUUCUUUAAAUCACUACGAUAUCAAGUCGUAAAAACGAGCCUCCUGACGAUUUAACUCAGCUUUGUAAAGAUUUUAAGUGAAUAUCAAUGUAUCCUUUCAUUGUCUCGGUCUAUAAAUUCACUGUCAAUGACAAUCGUCAAGGAAAGGCCUGCGUUUAUUGAAAAAAACCGAACACACUGUUCCAUCCCAGCAGAGCAAACAAACUGUAUUUCCAGAAAGAAUAUGACUUAUCGUCAAUGUGUUUUACCUACUGAAUAGUUCGUGCCGAAGGAGUAAUCAAGCUAAUGGAUUCAGGCAGGAUAAUAGCUUUUACUUACUUAUGGAUUCAAUUCAGCUACCUUGGAAUGCAUCAUUAGUGCUGUGAGGGAAACCACGUGUCACGUGUCUGAUUUCAAAGACUAGGUCUAGAUCAUGCGAACUUCCAUUUUUGGCGAACAAUCUUUAUCAUCCGCUACGCAAGAGUGAAUAAAAGUGCAAUUAACACCGCGUGCUGCCACGCUAAACUGAGCAUGUUCACUCUAUGGAACUGAGAAACGACUACUAGUAUUUAGGAAAAAUUUCUUAGAAGAAUGGACAACACUUUGAUUGACUUGAGCAUCUUGGUUCGUACACCUGUUUCGUCCGAAAAAGACCAAUUAAAAAAAAACUUAAUCGUGGAAAAAAAUUCCUGACUGUAACUUGGAAAGUAAGGCUUGGUUAGGAAAUGUUAAUAACAAGAUGUGGGCGUUGAAAUCGCUGAAUCAUAACUCGAAAUGAAGGUAUUCAUGUCGAUCAGUUUCGCCGCCGUAAACGGGCAACUGAGAUGUUUUUGGAAAAUUUAACGGUUAACUAUUGUUUAACUGUAGUUACAUGAACAGAACUUGUGUCUCAGUCAUGUUUAGUCUAAAUCUUUAUUCAGUUAGUGGAAAUUCUGCCACUGUUACAAGUAAUUAAAAUAACUGAUGCGUAACGUUAAUGUUGGUUAGAAAAUAAUGAAAUUCUAAUUCGUUGCAUUUUUCGUAAACAAUAAUGAAUAACUGCAUUUUAAAUGGACAAUUUACCUUGGAAGUCGAUCAACACAAAUCACUUUUCUAACCAACGCGUGUAACAAAAAAGUAUUAAGACUUUCUUUAUGAUAUUUUUAAUACUGAUUCGCGUUAAAGGGAACCUACCGGACAACAAAAACAGAUGCAUGUGAAAAAAAAGUCUGAAGCAGGGUAAUUUGCCAAAAAUCUAAUACAAUGCAAGGCAUGAACUAAUGGACACUAUUGUUUUAUAACCAGAACACCACUUUGCUUCAAUAUGACUAAAAGUUAUGAGUAAAGUUGUGUUAUAUGUUGCUAUUAUUGAAGUUAUUUUCGACUAAUACAACUUGUAUCCAUAAUCUUGAACUCUUUCAUUGACGGUAGAAUAUACUUAUCAGAAAUCAGGAGAUUCACCUACGAGAGCUUUAUUCCGCUGACUCCUGUGCCCUUGUUUGAUCUGGCCAAUUAGAAAGUAUCUCUACACUUUAAAAAUUAUCAUGGUAUCGCUUCUUGUAAUUAUCAAACCCGGCCUUUAAUCACCUGCCACAACUAAAUAAAUCAUGUUUUUUAUACUUUUCAUCUUGCUUUUCUAACUUAACGAUAUGUCAAUUCUAUUAAUGAUAUCGAUUAUGUGCACUACAUUUAAGGCGUACCAAAUUGCGUUCCUCGGCACUUCCUUUAUCAAAAUAAAACUCCCACGUGGAGUAUUAUGUCUUGUCCAAUGAGGUCACUACAGAAACCUUAUGAGAAUGAUGUCACUCACGAUCAGGGUGGUAUGCUGUAAAUAUCCAAAUAUCUUUUCCCUCAAUAGAGCUCGAUAACAAAAAAUGCAUUAGGCAAAAGAUAGUCAUUCUGUUUCAACAUCAUUUUGCAUCGUCCGCGGAUAUUGUCAUGUAAAAUUAAUCCUGUUGGUUUUUAGUUACAUGCUUCCUCACGAUAUUAUUUUUUCAUCAACGGGAAAAAAGAGGUGAAAUUAUAUUCAUCUGUAACAUUUUGUUCGCAACGAAACUGAUCCAUGUUAGAGUCAUUAAAAUAUACCGUUGAUAUUGUACAAUAAAAAAAAUGCAAAUUAGACAGUCUUUGAUGAAUAAAUAAAUAUCACGGCAAUUGCGUAUCACGUCAAAAGCUGACAUCAGUUCAGUGGUUAAAGUUUCUGCCACUUUGAAACAAUAUAGUACUUGAAAUUUUUGCCAGCUCAUGGCGAACCACCGAGUAAACAAAGCCGCAAAGCGCAAGAUUACCUGAUACAAAUUCAACUUAAAUAAUCGGCAGUUGGCCAGGGGGCAGUGCAACAGACUGUGAUGAAAAACAAAGAGAUGUGGAGGAAAAUAAGAUAAAGGCAAGUGUGGUGCAAUAAGGCAUUUUGCCUGUAUUGUCAAACAUAUGCCAGAGCCAAAGGGCCACAGGGAAAUGCAUGUUUUGUUUUUAAGCCCACUUUUUUCUGUGGAGUGAAUGUGAUUAUGGGUCGUUGGAUGACAAUAGUUUUUAGAAUUUUUACAACAAACUUGUUUCAUUUCUUUUCACAAAAUUGAUUCACAUCUUUUGCACUCAGUUAGAUAUCGAACAUUCAUAAUUCUCCCGCCAAAGAACCACUCUUUUUUUAGUGAAAGUAUGUUUACAUUCACGUGAGGCCAACUAAUAGCUUAUCUGUUUGUCUCAUUACCUUUUUUAUGACCCUUUCAAGAUCACGUUCUUAUAGAUUGUCAACAGUCAACGAAAAAAAGUCCAAUGUAAACUGCGCUUUUUUGUCUUUGAAAACAUCCUUGGAUAAAAUCUGGAUGAAGACGAGGCUGUAUGAAGACCCGAUGCCGGUAUUUUAAUAGGUCAGUUUACAAUAUCUUAUCCACGCAUAUAGGCAGUGAACCUAAGUUGAAAUUCCUUUUUAACGCUAGAGGUUACACGACGGUUGACUGAAUAGAGCUACGCUCAGGCUACAGGUUAAAAGCGAAGGUUUGAACAAGAUUUGGUCAAAACAAACACAACACCAGCCUGAUUUACAAAUCUCUUGACACACUGUUGUGUUGUGGUUGUUUUUCGUGACCCAAUAUCGCUUAAUAGCAGUAAUAUAUCAAGUUUGAAUAUGUUAAUUAUAAAUCACUUUCAAACCAAAAGAAACUGUACAAGCGUCACCAUACUCGUUCGGAAAGAGUCAUCUGGUUUUUCACACAAGAGGUUCUACCUAGGCAUCAUUUUUCAGCUACAAAAGACAAAAUAAUUGUUACCGCACACACUUUUUUUCAUCUAUCGUAUUGUUCGUAUCGUAGCCACCAAUCACACCGUUAGCAGACUGAUGAGCCGUGACUAUGCAUUAUGCACUAUGCAACAACGUGCUCUUGAAGCAACUGCUGCUAAGGAUUACAUUAGAACUAUAAGAAUAUCAAAAAUAGGAACAUAACAUCUUGAAAGAAUGUUAGCAAGUAUCUAAUGAGAUAGCACAGAAAAAACACUGUUAUUGUCUUGAGUAACAUAUUUCGAACGCAGACAUCUUAACUAUCUUAAGCCUCUCCGCGGAGUAUUCCUCGCUUACAUAUCUGUGCAAAACUUGGGUGUGUUUAAAGUGAGCAAGUCGGCGAUUUUUUAGGUAUUUUGUACUUAUAUCGAACAAGCUGAAUGGAAAUACGACUUCAGCAAAGAGGAACCCACUUGAAUUAAAAGAAAGAAAAGAUCAAGAGCUGGUUUAAAUUAUGCUGUGACUAGGGAUGUUAAAAGUUAGUUAACGUGGACAAGUCAGUCCAUGAUCUAUCCAAUAACGUCAAUGAAUGUCUGUGAAAACGUACAACAUUUACAAAACCUCUCCGGCAUCUUACACAAAAUACCACGUAACUUAAAAUAGCUCUGAGUCAAGUAAUAAGUUCAUCAGUAAUAAAAACAAUUUCGCCUAAAGCUCCCUAAACCACCAAGCUCCCGGGCCACCAUUUUAAGUCCUUAGGAAAUAGGAAUUGUGAAAACAAUUCUUGCUUUACGGACUCAUUGUUACAGAAUAAUAUUCAAAACCAUGAUCCCAAGAUAACCAAAUUUUUACACUUCAUUUUCCCUGCGGUUAGAUUGUUUACCAUGCGAUCACAAGUAUCGAACUGAAAGUCUGUACACAUUUAGCCCCAAGGCAUAUUAUAAGGUAUUCGUAGACAAAACUGUGCUUUUAACUUGUCAUUUCAAACAAUAUCCUUGAGAACGAGAGAGGAUAAUUACCCCUUUCCAUUGGUCCUUUCUUGCUUAAAACUAAUAAGACGCACCAAGUUUUUACCAUCUUUUUAAGGGAAACAUAUCGUUUCCAGUACUCGUCUGGUUAUUCCAGAGGUGACAUUGGUUUGUACCAAUGUAUCGUAGCGUUAGCUUGUUAAAUGAAGCGCAUUUCGAAAGGCCAAAACCAUGCGGAGUAAGAAGGCCAGUCCACUACAACAAUAAGUUUUAAAACACCAAAGAUUUAAAAGCAGGUCACUGACAAGUAAAAACGAAACUUAUACGUAUGUGAUGAUGCUGGUAUUGAAUAUACAUUUUAAAGUUUACAAAGGAGAGACUUGAUGCAAAAUGCCCUCCGGCUUUUGAAUAUAAAAUUCCAUCAAUUUUCAUUCUGUCUUGUUCGUUUGAAUGACAAGAAAACACUGCUUUUAUUAUGGAAAUGGAAAUGCCCUUAUCCUCAAGAUUAUGCGCUAAACAACGGAAAAUUCGAGGUGAUACUAAAAAUCGAAGGCGUAUCAAAACGAGGAACGCAACAUCGCAGAAGUCUGACAAUUCGAGGCUAGCAAUGUAGACUAAUGGUUGCUUGAUACUGACUGGCCCAGCGAUAACCGCUCAAUGCCAAACUUAGUACUUUUGAGAAUCUUCGUCACUUCCGUCCUUCAUUACUUAUCCUAAGUUUCUCAUUCUCACUGUUCACGUAACUUCCUUGCAUAGGACGCGUCGAGACGUGACUGCGUAGGGAAGGCAAACUUCACGCAAAAUUACCAACAAUUAACCUGCCUGUUUUAAAAUUGUUUUUUUUUUUUGGUCAUGCACAAGUGCACAUGACGCGAGGAAAUAGGCACGAUGAAACUAUAGAAGCAAAUUACAAAGACUGACUACAGCACAAAUAACAAAGUAAUUCAAACAACACGGAUACCUUUCAAAAAUGGUUCUCACAAAGAAAUUGUGCAAGACAUGCGACAGAUAAACCACAAUUUAAACAGUUAUUUUAGUUAUCAUUGCACGAAGAGAGCAAGUUAUUAAAAACAUUGACGAAGAAAGCGAAGUGUUUUUGCACCUUUAAGCUGUUGUGUCGUUGGCCAUAAUUCCUUUUUUUAACAGUUAUCACUAAGGCAAUCCUUAUUGACCAAUACUUUUUACUGUCAUUUCCACAACAGCAAUGCUGCACUGCUAAACUAAAAGCGACAUUAACUGGAAGUCGGGAAGUUGUUAUUUAAACGCUCAAUUUCCUAAAAAACGAUCCGAGGAAAAAUACUCAUCAGGGCACAAGACUAUUUCCAUUUUAUAUUGACAAAAAGGUUUCCAUUUUCUCCUUUCGUGCGCGGCUUAAUGCAUAACAUGCGAACGGAUUACUUCAGGUUAUUGUCAGUAAUUCUGAAUAAUUGUCUUAGUCCGCGGAGAGUUCGAUAUCUUUAGUAACCCAACGAUGAACCAUUUUUCUCAGUGCUUUAUGUACCAGCCAACUGCCGAAAAAACAGCUUUCUCAGUCCAUACAUCUCUAACUAACUAUAUUGUCUUUUCAAAAAGUUCUCCAGUGCCCCGACAAAAAGCAAUCUCUCCAUUCAGCUCAUUUUUUUAUCUUUCGCGAGUAAUAAAUAACAAAGUCUUUGUUAAAACCGACACAGAAAUCAGUGUAAUACGUUGCAUCCUAAUACUAUUUCCAGCAAUUGAAUAUUAGCCAGUCACUUGCUUUCACGGAAAUCGGUGGAAUUCCCACAUCUCGGAAUAAUUAUUUGAUUCUGCUCGCGGCUGCAGUUGAGUAGAAUUAAAUUUUAACAAUACAAAAGAAAAAUCUUUUCAAGAGGAAAUCCUUUUCAGGUGUUGCAAGAAAACCACGCCAAUCCAUUGUAAUGGUUAAGCCUUAGGCCAUGUAUCAGUCUAACACUGUAUAGCUGUCAUUGGAAACCAAAAAAGGCAUGAACGAAUACAAAUUCGCAUUGCAUCCAAAACUCUGAACUGCUGACAAGAACCACUUCAGUCGUGCAAGUGAGUGAGUUGGUGAGUUCGAUUGUCAAGAAACGGCAUCUUCGGCACAUUUGUUAUGCGAUCAGUGAAUAUUUUUUGUAUCAGUGAUCAAAGACGCAGCAAGGUAGUAGUCUUCCUUCAUUGCGUUUGGUUUCUUAUGCUUCCUUAACCGGCUUAUGCUGCCUCCAGUACGAGUGGUAGUUGAAGUACUACCGUCUCCUCAUGUGUUGAAAAUGAAUUUCUGACGCAAAAAGAGGAAACAACUGUAUCUCCUCUUAGUAUGUUACAAAAAACAUAUAAUCGAUGUUAUUAAGAUUUUUUUGCAGGGCAACCCAAUUUUUCGCCUCUUCAUUAACAAGUUUGGUUUCUCCUUCCAUCCUCUGGCACAUAAAUUACCACCCAGCUUUUGUAUGGGGUGCCCAUUUUUUUCGUACUUUUUGCUUGCUUUGACGCCAUUAGAACGGGUUCUGUAUAGUUCUAAUGUAAAACGACACGUUAUGAACAUCAUGUAAUUUCAACAGAAUUCCUAGUGGAUCCCCUUGCAAUCAAUAAACGAAAAACCAACCAAUAAAUUUAAAACCAGCGUCCAAACAGGAAUAAAAAAAUGUAAAAAUAUGGUGCGCUGCCGCAUCUAAAGGAGCUCGGCACGACGCUGCGUUCUUAGAGAAACUUCAGAUUAUUUAAAAAAGUAAUUUUAGCAAAUGAAGUUAAAUAUAACCAGAUGGCUUUGAGCAAAAAAUUUUUUUCUUAUCUAAGGAUAAAUAAACGCCUGAGUCGUCAUAUGAACACGAAAAAAAUGGAUUUUACAAGGCAUAUGUAAAAAGACGAAAAUAAAUACAGACGCAAAACGCAUUGUAUCCAAAAACGGCUGUGUGAAUUGCCAAGCAUUGGUUCAUCGCGUAGCAACACGAAUAAUUAUAUUUUCAUUCACAAAAUGAAUGCUGAACAACAGUUAGAGAGAAUAUAUUAUAAAUGAGACUACUGAGGGCAAUUUUAAGGACAUCGUAAUUGUUUUCUAGUCUCCUACAACUGUAAUAAGAUGCCAGUACGGAACCAGAGCUCUGGUACGAAACUUUCUAGAUACGACAUUAACGACAUGAAAUUACUUUUAAAGAUCAUAAGCCAAGAGAUCAUUAAAAACCAAGCAUGAUCAACCUCAGACUGUGUAAAAAUCUCCGGGAAAGUACCCUGUGAAAGCUGCAUUUGAUGAUUAAUUUCUGCUUUUCUCACUUUCUCUUAUAGGAUUGGAAGACCCAACACUUAACUGAGGAAAAAAAAGAAUUUGUGACAAGCCAGCAAAACUAUAUCAUUCAGCAAGGAUUCAGUUAGAAAGCAGGAAGAGAGUUAUCCUCAACCUACAACGCUUCAAUUAGACUACAUAUCGUUUGUUCCGUUAAAAGCUGAGUAGUUCGCUGAAACGCGAAGAAAGGAAGCCAACAGAGCCUCAGCAGUGCCAGUACUGUAGGCCAACUAUUCUCGCCGGAAAACUGUCAAGAAGUAAACAUGAAUAACACAACUCAAAACGACAUGAACAAUACAUCUCGAACGACAAGUGCCGCCAUAGGUGACAUGGAGAGAAACAUUCUUCUGGCAUUUUACUCCACUGUGUUAGUGCUAACCGUGCUCGGAAACACUCUGGUAUGCGUGGCCAUUUAUGUCGACCUGCGCUUGCGCAGUCCAACUAACUGGUUUAUAGCAUCGUUGGCAGUGAGCGACCUAUUAUAUGGGAUCGCAGGCCUACCUUUUCGUAUUGCAUCCAUGCUAACAGGCUUGCCUAAUGCUGCAGUUUGCUCGGUAUAUGUUUGGACAGACAUGAUAUGCGCCGCUGCCUCCAUGGCUAACUUAGCAGUGAUCUCAGUAGACAGAUAUUUAAAAAUAACCAAACCGUUUGCUUACCAUAAAAAUAUGACAAAACGGCGCUCGUUUGGUGCUAUUGGCGGCGUGUGGAUUUACGCAGCCACUCUAGCGUCGCUGUCUAUCAUCAGAUGGCCUGGAGCGGGAGGCGUAUAUGUGGAUCCCCCGAAUAAAUUGUGCGUGAACGAAAAUAGAGUGUUCUAUACUGUGGCUAACAUUGUAGCAUUCUUGGUUCCGCUUAUUGUGCUUUGUGUUAACUACUCAUUGAUUUUGCGAACGGCCUGGAUUCAGUUCAAAAAAAUGCAACACAGUAUUGUAAGUACCAGCAGCAAAGAAGAUAAACGUAAACAUAAGAGUAUUACGCGAGACUUCAAGGCCACCAAAACCUUAGCUGUAGUGCUGUUAACUUUUACUAUCUGCUGGGCACCAUUUUUCAUCAUGUUCACCAUCCAUCAAUACGACCCGCUAUACUUGACGGACCUCCCACAAGAUCUAGCCAACGGUAUUGUUUACACCUUCUACUUUGUGCUACCAAAUAUAAACAGCGCGUGCAAUCCAGUGAUCUAUGCGUACUUUAACAGUGACUUCCGGCGUGUGUUUAAAAGGUUAAUGUUCUCUGCCUGCGAUAAGGAUCUGCGUAACUAUGGAAGCCGCACUAAGAGAAAAAGCUCGUUAACUAGCUUUUUCCAAAGCACUUUUGUAAGACGAGGAAGUCCACCAACGCCCACGGACGAUGGAAAUCACAAUUACAAUCACAUUCACAGUCCAUCGAAUAACCAUGAUGAGAAGGCCUUAUUCAUAAAUGGAGACACUGUGAUUACAGAAGUGUGACAUUUGAAUCGAAAAAAUAUCAUCUAUGUAGUGAUGCUUCUUUACUGGCCAACGUUUGUGAGGAGUUAUAAUCAAAGAAGUAACAUAACAUCACCCCCAGAGAUCACGUGACAUGGUCACGCAAAAACAACAAACAAAAUGGAACAUGAGGGAUCAAAUGAGGCCAUACUGAAACGAGUUAAAAUCUAUGUUGUGCAGAACAUUACGGUGAAAAUAACGAUCAAGCUACGUUCAGUGGCAAAAACUUCUGUAAUGAACCGGUAAUGAAAACUGGAACAUUCUGAAAUUAUCACUUUCAUUACAAUUCUCUAUUUUCAAUUGCCCAUAAUACACUCUGUUUGCCCCCAAAUUUUGCAUAAACCAUUGUUUUUAAAUUUGAGUCAUUAAAAAUGGCCAUACAAAUCAACUGGAACAUUCUGAAAUUAUCACUUUCAUUACAAUAGUAUAGAACAUUAUUACAAGUCGUUUGAUACUCAGUAGGUUUAUCAUGCUGCUACGUUACAUACCUUAAAAAGCAUUACCAAAGGGGUAAAUCCAUUUAACUGCAUGCAUCAUCAUCAACAUGGAAAUGUUGAAAGUCCUCUACCUUUGUUUCAGUAGCAUGGAAAUACAUCCAAUCAAGUGAACUGUGUUAUGUGAAAGUUUAUCUCUGACAGAAAGGAUGCCUAGGAUAAGUAGAGGAAUAAAUAGAUAAUAAGGUUGCGUUCGAUUGGGAAAUCUGGAUUUAGAUUUUGAAAUCUGGAUUUCGGAUUUUGCAAUCAAACGCGAAAUCCAAAAACAGAUUUCACCUCUGAGAAAUCCGUCCUCAGGGUGAAUUUCAAUUAAGAAAUCCAAAUCCGGAUUUCAUGGAUUUCCCUUUUACCGUUCGAUUGGGAAAUCUGGAAAAAGAUUUGCAAAACUAUUCUCGUGAACAGCAGUCUUCUUUUUACUAAUUAUGCGUACGCAUCCAAGACCGCUGUUCGUAAGGACAGUUUUUCCAAUCCUUCAAAGGAAAUCCAAAAACGGAUUUCCCAGGGUUUAAAUCCGUUUUCGGAUUUCACGUUCGAAUGCAAAUUCGAAAUCCAGAUUUUAAAAUCUAAAACCAGAUUUCCCAAUCGAACUACCUUCACUGUUUUUGAUCAUUAUUUCAGGGAUAAUGCUUCAUAUAGUGAUACAUACAGAAUAUAAAUGCUACACAAAGGGUUGCACAUGUGAAGAGGUAUUCUUAAAUGAGGUACUCUAGGCUUAAAACAUUACACGCCUAUACCGGGAGGGAUUAAAAAAAAAACCACAAACUUGUAACCAGUUUCUAGAGCUAAUUAUAUACUCAAUCAAUCACCCCCUUAGUUUACACGAGUCAGACGCUCACAAGAGAAUUUCGCAAAAAAAAUGAAAAAGCAAGACAGCUGUCUUAAACUCUUGGUCGCAAAAAGUCUUUCUGGUCCACAAUAUUUGACUGACCAUAAAGUCAUGUUGAUUGUGCAUAUAAGUUUGUGCCCUCUCAAAUCCAAAUGAAAGAGAGGAUAACUUUUCGCUAUCUUACUCAUUAGAGCUUUGUAAGGAGAUACUGGGCGCGAUCCAUUCAACCAAAAUUCAGACCGGUCCGACCGUGAAAAGUGGCUGACCUCAAAAGGUGGACCAGUUUUUUCGAAACUUUUCCAGUUGGACCGAAGCGAUCCAUUGAGUUUUGAAGCGAAAUUUCCAGAAAUUUUGAUUGAAUAGAUCGCGCCCAUCGUAUACACAACAGUCAUCAGAAAAAAGUGAAAGAAUUGUAUAUUAUUAAAAUAUAGAUACAUGUCACAGCUGCUGAAAAGCAUGUCAGUUAUGUAUAUUACAUAAUUAUAUUGGUGUACAUAGCAUUUUUUCAAAAAAUAUAUCAGUCAGAUUGCCUCUUUGUGUUAGCAAUUUUAGUUCCUUUAUUUUUGUUACAUGUAGUGUCCAAUUUGAAAUUUGCCAUAAUAAAACAGAG